UCUUUGCAUGUGUUUAAAGACCCCCCUCUGCUUUGUUCAACUAGACUGAGUUUAUAUAACAUCAAAAUUCAAUGCUAAAGUAUUCAUUGUGAAUCGACGAGUGCAUCAGUGAAUUUUGGCACACGUUUGUAACUGUGUAUACUUCGUUUUCAAGUGAUAUAACCUUAUAAAAAGAACAAGCUACUCUUUAGCAUAAUUUACGCAGUGAUAGGAAGAGGUCGCUCUACAUCGUUUGUGUGGAUAAUUUGAAUGUUCUUUUCAAUCUCUCAGUACACAGAGGAAUGCAAAAGGAUUGUCGAGAUUGUUUAGGUAUCCGAUACCGUAUUAACUCCCUGGAUCAAACGUGGAAGUGGUUGCAUCAAACAAUUACUCUUCACGAUUAUUUGAUUUCUAUAACUGCGAGUCAGUCAAACUUCUCAAAAAAGUGUUGUCAGUAGACCUGCUAUCUACAGACAGAAAUAUUAACCGCUACCAAGGCUGAUCUCGCUAUAUAUACAGCGGUAUAAAAAUCUUCACAGAUUUAGUAGCAAAGACUGAUUUCACGAGAUAAUUGCACCAUUUCCAGGGAGUUUUCAUAUCGGUAUCGACAUACACAUUUGCCGUUCGAUUCAUUAUAAUAU